CACGAACAACACUCCAACAAACACCGCAGCACAUCAAGCACACCACAACAAGUCCUUCACCCGACAAGCCCAACAACACAUACACACUCAAGAAGAACAUCCACCGACGUCAUCAUGGGCAAGGUCAAGUACAUCCUCCUCGACUGCGACAACACUCUCUGCCAGUCAGAGCGUCUCGCUUUCGAGGCUUGUGCCGACCUUACCAACGAGGUCUUGGAGAAGUAUGGCAUUGAGGCUCGCUACGAUACCGACUCGCUCCUCGAGGACUUUGUCGGCCACAACUUCCGCAACAUGCUCGUCGGUCUUCAGAAGAAGCACAACUUCAGCAUGAAGCCAGAAGAGGUCGACGACUACGUCGCUCAGGAGCUUGGUCGUGUCACCAAGAAGCUCAGCGAGAAGUGCGUUGAGUGCCCAGGUGUCACUGAGCAGCUCGAGUGGGCCAAGUCCCAAGGCUACCCAAUGUCUGUCGUCUCGACCUCCGCCAAGCCACGUGUCAUUGCUUCCCUCGAGAAGACCAACCUAAUGCGCUUCUUCACCGACGCCACUGUCUACUCCGCUGCUACCUCUCUCAACCCACCAUCCAGCAAGCCUGACCCAGCCAUCUACCUCCACGCCUGCAAGGAGCUUGGUGUCAAGCCGGAGGAGUGCCUCACUGUUGAGGACUCCAAGUCUGGCGCCACUGCUGGUAUGCGUGCUGGCAUCCCACUCAUCGCCUACGUCGGAAUCUACGGUCUUGAGGAGGGAAAGGAGAAGGAGGCACAGAUGGCCAAGACUCUGACCGAGCAGUGCAAGGCUCAGGUCGUCAUGUACGAUUGGAAGGAGUUCCCAGAGGCCGUCAAGAAGAUUGAGGCCUCUUUGCCAUAAGAGACUUGAUCUGGCCUUUCCUGAGAGACGAGAAAAGUUCAGUUGAUACGAUUCGAUGACUGCGAUGCAUGGCGUGGUUGCCAUUUCAUAUGAUUCCUGAUCAGGCAAGCGCUUGAAGCACAUAGAGCUGCGUAGUACAGAAUCAUACAAGAGAGGAGCCUGGUGCUCAAAC